AUGGAGAAACCCGCUCCCCGACCGUCCCGGAAGGACACUCUGUUGAGUCGCCGGUACAUUGAGGGCUUGAUUGCGGAAGGGAAACAUGUCAUAAUCUACGAGAACUCUGUUCUCAAGGUAGAUGCUUUCCUCAAAUUUCACCCUGGCGGUGAAAAGCCGAUCAAACACAUGGUCGGUAGGGACGCGACAGAUGAAAUCAAUGCUUUGCAUUCAAAAGAAGCCCGAGAGCGCAUGCCCGCCUAUCAGAUCGGUCGAGUCGAAGGGGUCUGGACAAACUUUCUCCCCCCGAUUCAAGGCGGCAAGUUCCGCCUAUGCACUGAAGAUUCGUGCUCGAGCGAGGAGGAUAUGACAAGUCAGGACAAUUCGAGCCAAGAUGGUUCCGUUCCACCUUCUCCGAUCUUCGAUGCCGUCGACUCCAAAUCUGUAACCCGCCGAAAUAAGUCCUCACGAGGCACAGACACCGACGCUUCCACGCCGGCGGAGGCAGAGACAGCUUCGCAGCACAGGCCAGCUUUCCUCGAUGCUCGAACACGUGAGGAAAUUGUGUUCGAUACCGCAAAAUAUCCCUCGUUAGACCAGGCAAACCAAGAAAGCAUCAGACGGAAAUACCGCGAGCUGUACGUGCGCAUGCAGGACGAUGGACUAUUCAACUGCAAUUACUUCUGUUACUUCAUCGAGUGUUGUCGGUACACUCUCUUCGCCACUCUAGCCUACGUAUUUCUUCGUCUUGGUUGGUGGGCGACUUCUGCAUUUUUCCUCGGGUGCUUCUGGCACCAGCUUGUGUUCACUGCCCAUGAUGCUGGCCAUAUGGGUAUCACCCACAAUUUCCACGUGGACACGGUGAUUGGAAUCAUCAUUGCUGAUUUCAUGGGUGGAUUGAGUCUGGGCUGGUGGAAACGGAGUCACAAUGUCCACCAUAUCGUCACCAAUGAGCCGGAGCAUGACCCAGAUAUCGAGCACAUUCCCUUCUUUGCCAUCUCACACCGCUUCCUCGACAGCCUUAACAGCACUUACUAUGACCGCAACAUGACUUUCGAUGCGUUCUCUAAGAUUAUGGUCAAAGUCCAGAACUAUAGUUACUACCCUAUUAUGAUGUUGGCCCGCUUCAACCUCUACCGAUUAAGUUACGAGUACUUGUUGAAGGGCCAAGCCCCGCGAAAAGGACCAGCCUGGUGGCAUAUAUGGCUUGAGUUUGCUGGCCAGGCUUUCUUUUGGUAUUGGUUCGUCUACGGCGUUAUGUACAAGACCAUCCCCGACUGGCAAAGUCGACUAGUCUUCUUGUUGGUUUCUCACGUCGUGUCCUCGCCUCUGCACGUCCAAAUCACGCUCUCUCAUUUCGCUAUGUCUACCGCUGACAUGGGUGUUCAUGAAUCAUUCCCCCAGAAGAUGUUGCGAACAACUAUGGAUGUUGAUUGUCCUACCUGGCUGGACUUCUUCCACGGUGGUCUGCAGUUCCAGGCCAUCCACCACCUGUACCCUCGCAUGCCCCGCCACAAUCUGCGCCAUGCUCAGAAGUACGUUCUGGAGUUCUGCAAGGAGACUGGUAUCCCUUACGCCAUCUUUACUUUUUAUGAUGGAAACAAGGAGGUCAUCGGCCGGCUCGGUGACGUGGCGAAGCAGGUUCGCCUUAUGGAGGAGUGCCGCAAGUCAAUUGCGACAGAGGGCGUCUUUUCGCACCACCACUAA